UGUUCGUUUGGUUGUGUCUCAGGCAACCAUCUCUAUGGCAACGGCUAUAAAAGUUGUUUUCGUUGCAACUUUUUGUUAAAUUAUAUGUCGCCAGUUGUGCAAAACACAAAAAACCAAAUAAGUUAAACAAAGCUUCUAUCGAAUUUGAAGCUCUUGACUUUGGAUCAUUUGUUAAGUUCGCAAACGCAACGACGUGGAACCGCAUUGAAAACUUCACAAUGGCUCAGGCGGAGGGACGAGCCAAUGAAACGGAGAUGAAGGCAAUGGAUGCCAAUCGCUAUGCGACCAAGAAAACUAUUGCCCAGGGCAUGCUGGAUAUAGCCCUGCUCACAGCCAAUGCAUCCCAGCUGAAAUAUAUACUCCAGGUCGGGGAGCAGCAUCAGUUCUAUAAGCUAAUGCUCAUACUGAUUAGCUUGUCCAUAGUUAUGCAGAUACUGUCUGGCAUACUAAGCCUGUCUCUCAGUUUAUUGCGGGACUGCCGAAUGCAUCAGCCAGAGUUCCAUCAAUCGGCCAAUGUGAUCAAUCAUGUGCGCACUGGGUUUGCGUUUUUUACCACUAUGGUAAAUCUUUUCAUAUCGGCCUUUGAUUCUCGCCUGCCCCCAAUACAGGGCGAUCUUUUGAAUGAUGUCAAUUAAAAAAAAAUUGUAUAGAAUUAACCCAUCCCACUCGACUUUUUGAGCGAAAUAUUCUGGAAAAUUUCGGUGCUCUCUAAAAAGAAAACAAUUUCAAUUUUAAUUUUAACAGCUAUUGGUUGGAAUUUUGUUUGUGGCCAUCGGCAGCCUGAAUAUUAACAGGCAACAAGACCAGACGGCAGCAAUUAUAU